GUAUAAUAAUUUUUUUGUCAAGUAUUUUUAUAACCUAUGAUUUCAUGUACUUCCUCAAUGGGAAAGUUGUGUACCAUUUUUCGCCUUCACGAUACUCCCACCAUAUCGUUCAAAGAAAUAAGAAAGUAAAGACAACAUGCCUUGACUGGUUUUCAUUAUAAGAAAAAAUGUUUUUAAAUGUUAUUUUAUAAUAGAACAAAAUGUGGUGGUUUUUUUUGUUAAAUUAUGUUAAUAUUGCAUAUUCGUUACAUCUUGUCUCAUAUAUUUCUUCUGGCGGGCUUCAUGGAGAAAUUCAAUUUGAAAAAGCUACAGAGACAUCCGUAAAAAUUCGAUUUUCACUCGAAACAACUUUACAAUAUCCGGAACAACAAUGGUUUUGGUCAAUUACUGAAUUUCCUGUCGAUUAUACACUUAUAAACGAUAGAUGUAAUAGACAAUAUAUUGGAAAAAGUAUCAUCAACUUAACAGAACUUAUUGGACCACUUGUUAUACCUGGAAAUGAAACAGGAUCUACAGAAAUUUCAAAGAUUAGUUUAACUGGAGAAAUGGGUUUAUGGGGCAAAGGUUUAAUAUUUGAAGAUGUAUAUUCAGAUAGAACCAUUUGUGCUUCAAUAACGGUACUAGAAAAUAACGUAGAAAAAUUUGCUGAAGUACGCUUUUACGAUACUAUAGCAGGAAGUAUUUGGUUUCGAUGGUUAGGUGAUAAUGAUAUUAGUGAUACGAUAAUUUAUGUAGAUUUAUAUCACGUUAAUAAUAAAAAAUUACGAGGUACAAACUAUACAGAACAUUAUUGGAAAAUUUAUGUAACUGACAUUCUUGACAUCAGUAAAGAUAAAUCAAGUUGCAACAUUUUACAAACUAUUUUUGAUCCUGAUAAUGCGGGUAAUGGUCAAGCAAUUGGUGAUAUAGAUAUACGUUUAGGCAAAAUAAAAGUAGCUGUAGAUCAUCAUAAUAGAUAUAAAAGUUUAGAAAAGGAUUCAAAAUUAUCUCUAUUACCUAUUGAUUUGCUUGAACCCUAUCGUCAAUUAUAUUUAGUCAUAUUUCAUCCAAAGCAUAAAAAUUCCUUUUUAACAUGUAGUAAGAUUAAUUACAGAAAACCUAUCUUUGCUAAAACUUUAAUUAAUUCUCAUGGUAUCAAAGGAGAAGUAUCAUUAACUCAAAUAAUUCCAUUUUACCCAACAUGGAUUAAUGUAUCAUUAACACCAAUCAAUGACUUAAAAACAAGAUUACGCUAUGCUACUAAAAUAAAGUCAUAUAGUAUUCAUGAACUACCUCCAGAUCCAAUAAAAAUUUCAAGUACUACUGCUGAAUUAUGCAAUACAACUAAACAAAUAUAUAAUCCAAAUAAUAUUGAUAUGAUGACAAUACCACCUGCAGGAUUUGGAACUCAAGAUCAAUAUGCCAUUGGUGAUCUUUCUGGGAAACUUCAAGGACGUAAAGAAGGAUUCUAUCAUUAUGAUAUCUUACCAGGAAGUGCUAAACUUAAUGGAAUUUAUUGGGAUACAUAUCUUCCACUUUCAGGAAUGUAUAGUGUAAUUCAUCGAGGCCUUGUUCUUCAUAAGUAUAAUGAAACUGAUAAUCAAAGUAUCAUGCCAUGGAUUUGUGGCACUAUAAAUCUUUAUUUACCAGAUAAUACUGGAGAAAUGCCAAUAGUAACUGCACAAGUAAUAUAUAGAUAUCCAAUUGUUGGAAAAAUAAUUUUUCGCCAACCAAAAAAUGAACCUCAAAUGGAUACUACUAUUAUAAUUGAAAAUUUAAUUCAUGCAGAUGGUAAUACUUUAAAUAAUUCAGGACAUCAUAGAUGGAUGAUUCAUGAUAAUCCACCAGGCAAAGAUUAUUAUAGUUGGAUGGAUAGAUGUUUAAGUACUGGUGAACCUUAUAAUCCUUAUAAAGUAGAAUGGAAUUCAGAUCAUGAAUAUUGUUCAAUGUUAGAAACAUCAUUAUGUCGUGUAGGAGAUCUUAUAAGACAUAAUACCAUUGAUAUUGCUGGUAAAAAAUUACAUGGGACUUUAAUAAGUCGAAAACUCUUCACAGAUACAAUGUUAGCUUUAUCAGGUCCUAAUAAUAUAUUGGGUAAAAGUUUAGUGAUUUAUGAUGACAAUGGACCUCGUGCAAGAGGAGAAAGAUUAGCAUGUUCAAUAAUUAGUGAAACAUAUCGUCGCAAAGCUAUAGUAAAAGAUUGGUUUGGAAAUGGAGAAUUUAUUUUGUUGAAAGGGAAAUUACAAUUUAUACAACAAAAUGAAUAUGAUGUUACAAAUCUAGAAGUAAAUCUUGAUGGAUUAGAUGAAAAAAUGAAUGGAUAUCAUGUACAUAUGACUCCAAUUGAACAAGAUUUAGAAUUUCCAUGUGAAAGUACAUCCUUGUAUGGACAUUGGAAUCCAUUAAAUGUUAAUGUUAGUAAUAUACCAUUUCCAGAAGAAGGAACAAGUGAUCAAUAUGAAAUGGGUGAUCUUAGUGGAAAAUUUGGGACUUUAGAGAAUAAAAAAAGAUAUAUGAAAACAUUUAAUGAUACAAUGCUUUCUUUAUUUGGACCAACAAGUAUACUAGGUCGAAGCAUUGUAAUUCAUAAAAAAGAAAAAAAUUUACGAUGGGCUUGUUCAACUAUAGAAAGAGGAUAUUCACCAUCUGAAGCCAUAGAAUUAAGAGCAAUUGCUUCUUUUCAUCAUCCACAAGGUUUUGCAUAUGGCUAUAUAAGAAUGACACAACUUAUUCAUCAAGAUGGAGGUCAAAGCGAAACAAUAAUUGAAGUAAAUUUACGACAUCCUGGAAAAUAUGAUCGUAAUAUCACAAAAGAUCACAAUUGGGCAAUAUAUGUAAAUCCUGUUGGAGUAGAUGCAGCUGUUAAAAUAAAGGAUACUAGAUGUGUAGCUGGUGGAUAUGUGUGGAAUCCUUAUUUUACACAAUUAGCUGAUCCUUUAAAUGAUGAUCUAUAUAAACAAGAAUGCGGUCCUGAUUUACCACUUAGAUGUUAUGUAGGAGAUAUAUCAGGUCGAUUAGGUCCUAUUAAUAUAGGAUUGAAAAGACAAGUUUUUACAGAUUCAAAUUUUCCAUUAGCAGGAGCAGUAUCUGCAAUGGGAAGAUCUAUUGUUAUUUUUGACGAAAAUUUUGGAAGUAAUAAAUUUGCAUGUGCUAAUAUUGAACCUGAUAACGAUAUUGUAAAAUAUGUAAAUAUAAGAAAACCACCACGUUUUGUAGCGGCACAAUUUUUAGAAGAUGUAAGAAAAAUUAUGGGAAUUCCUCAUUGGAUGUUAUCUAUAGAUAAUAGAAAAACUAAAGUUUUAUAUAAUGGAGCAUGUAUUCAAUUUUUAUUGCAUUUUAAAGGUCCAAUUGCUUACAACUUAGAACAAGAUUUUAACAAACUUAUAUCAAUUGGACGCUUAGAUGUACCCAGUUUAUAUAUACCAGGAUAUGUUCCUAAAAAAAGAAAUGGAACUUUAAAUUACCGUCAAUGUGGAAAUCGGGAUCCGAGUGAUAAAAAUUUCAAUAUUUUACUUCAAAAUAUAUCUUCACUAUUUUAUCCAAAACUUAUUUUAAUUAUUACUACUUAUAUUAUACUUAAAUUAAUAUAAUAUUUAAAUUAAUUCUUAUAAAUUAUAAAUAAUAUUUAUGUAUAUAAUAAAUAUUUUAUGAAAUAA